UGAUGUGGUUCUGGGCUUCUGGCAGCUGCCAUCGGAUUCUUUUAGAACGUAAAGUGGUUUGUUUAUGCAGCACUACUUUUGUAUACAUCCGACAAUUUUGGUCACAAACUAAGAUCGUCGUUUUCUACUCGUUUUCUUUUAGCUCGCUUCACAGUCCGUUGCAGUGUAUCUUUUUCUAAACCGAGUGUGUCCCCGGCUAUUGUUUGGAUUUUCGGUUCCGAUGGAUGAGACGGGUUUGUGUAUUCUUUUGGAUCUAUUUUUUGUGAAUGGUCGUGCUGCGGCUUUCUUGGCUUUGCCCGGCCGCCAUCUUGAAUUUUAAUGUUAAUUUUUUUAUUUUUAUUUUUUAAUCUGAGUUUCCUGUGAUAUUUAUUUGUUUACGGUGUUGUACAUUUUUUCGGAUUACAACUGUGCCAUUUUUUUCGUGUAUGCGUUUGCAAUUUUUGACCGGUUCCAGCUUCAUUAAAGCCACGUCUUCCCCACUCAAGACCGUUUGUUCACCUCUGAGACUAAAUGAACCUGGACCGGGGGGCUUGUGGGCAUGAAGUGGCUGGGCGAAUCCAAGAACAUGGUGUUAAAUGGCAGACGACACGGAAACAAGUUAACCGGCGAGCAGUCUGUGAGCCAGACUCGCUCUCAGCACUUACAGCGGACCUCCCUGCGCCCCAGCAAAACCCUUCCCAGGAACCGGCGAUGUAGCCGAAGAUUUAAUGCGGCCAGUCUGGAGUCGGAGAGGCGCUAUGUGCCCUCGUCGGGGAUGACUGCCAAGGAGUUGUGUGAGAACGACGAUCUGACCACAAGUCUGAUCCUGGAUCCGUACCUGGGCUUUCAAACUCACAAAAUGAACACCAGGUUUCGUCCAGUUAAGGGAAGGCAGGAGGAGCUGAAGGAGAUCAUUGAGCGCUUCAAAAAACACGACAACCUGGAGAAAGCUUUCAGAGCUCUGACGAUAGGCGACUGGUCCCGACAUCUCUUCCUCCAUAAGACCAAAGCUCAAGAGAAGCUCUUCAAGCAACACGUCUUUGUGUAUCUGCGGAUGUUUGCCACGGAUAGUGGCUUUGAGAUCCUCCCUUGUAAUCGCUAUUCUUCAGAGCAAAAUGGUGCAAAAAUUGUGGCAACGAAGGAAUGGAAAAGAAAUGAUAAGAUCGAGUACCUGGUGGGAUGCAUCGCAGAGCUUUCUGAGAGCGAGGAAAACAUGCUGCUCAGGCACGGCGAGAACGACUUCAGCGUCAUGUACUCCACCCGCAAGAACUGUGCACAGCUCUGGCUGGGUCCCGCUGCUUUCAUCAAUCACGAUUGUCGGCCAAACUGUAAGUUUGUAUCGACUGGACGGGACACGGCCUGCGUCAAGGUUCUGAGGGACAUUGAACCCGGGGAGGAGAUAUCAUGUUACUACGGUGAUGGCUUCUUUGGUGAAAACAAUGAAUUUUGUGAGUGCUACACAUGCGAAAGACGAGGUACUGGUGCUUUCAAAUCCAAAGCUGGACUGCCAGCGGAAGUACCAGUGAUCAACAGCAAGUACGGGUUGCGGGAGACUGAUAAACGUCUCAACAGGCUGAAGAAGCUCGGAGAAGGAAACAGGAGUUCGGACAGUCACUCAGUAGGCUCCCACACGGAUGUAGAUUCUCAGGAAAUGCCAAAAACGCAUCAGUCUGUCAGAAAACAAAAUUCUUCUGGCAUGAAGUUUAAAAACAGGACUCAAAGCAGUCAGACAUUGUCCAGAGCCCUCACUACCUCAUGUUCAAAACAAAGUCGAUUAAACCAUAACAGGGUACCAAAGAGACUAAAAUCGAACUCCAAGCCUUCACUAAGUAAAGUCCGAUUACGGAGUCACAGGCGAGUUGGUGAGCCCAAAGCGUUGGCCAAAGCAGAGACUUGCCAGUUGGGUCUCAGGGACUCCAAGGUCUCAACGUGUAAAGGCGUUACUAUCAAGAAAGAGAAGGACGGACAAGAGCUGCUGCAGCAGACGUUAGGCCAGCAGGGCUGUCUGACACGUCACGCUGCAAAGGAGAAUGGCGACCUUCUCAGAGCGCGAGGCAGUGAGGGCAGCCAGUCUUCAAACUGCAGGAUUCGUAGGUCCACUAGGACACUUGUAAAAGCUCAAGAAAUGGCAGCUGGACUCAAGCUGGAGCCCAGUGCUCUGCACGGCUUGAACCCAGUUCCGGGUGGAGUUGUGGUUAAAACUGAGCCAGGUGAUGCGGAGGUCUACAUGCACCACAGAGUGGGGCUGGAGCAGCAGGCUUUGGACUCGGGCUACACCAGGAGGCGCUCAUGCACCAGACUGAAGCAGCUGACUCAGCUUAGGUCUGAGCGGACAAUUAAAUGUGAGAACUUGUAUGGCGAGUCGUUCAUGCCGGUCACUGCCCGCCACUCUACCAACUUCUCAGACUGCGGUAACAUGCUGCUGAGCUUCUCUGACCGACACUACAAUGGCGCAGCAAACGGCAGCAAAUCCCUCCGCAGGGACAAGGGAAAGAGCGGCUGCCGGUCGCAGAAUAAGGGGAAGAAGAAGCGUCGGAUCACACGAUACGAUGCGCAGCUGAUCCUGGAGAACAAUAUGGGCAUCCCCAAACUGACACUCCGCCGGCGACGGGACAGCAGCAGCAGCAAGACCAGCGACCCCAAUGACGCCAUUGGCUCUUCCAACUUUUCUGCUUCCACAGUCAACUCGGCUUCUUCCAGCAAGAUAAGCAUAAAGUUCAGCAAGGACCACGACAAGGACAAGGGUGGCUCGUACAUCGCCAAACUGAACAAUGGCUUUGCCCCCGUGGUCCACAACAGUGGCACCAAGCUGAAGAUCCAGCUGAAGAGAGAGGACGACUCGCAGAGAAUAUCCCAGACAAAGCCGGACAAGAUGUGCUACAACGGGGACGUGGGACAGAGUCUGGAGGCCCGGAACGGCGGGCACCGAACCCAAAAGGUGAUGGCGGAGCCUUCCUCAGACGAUGACGACGAGGACGAGGAUGAUGACGAUGACGACUAUUUUGACAAUGAGUUUGAAGAUGAUUUCAUUCCACUUCCUCCUGCAAAGCGUCUCCGGCUAAUUUUGGGGAAUGACUCCAUAGACAUCGAUAUCUCCUCCAGGAGGAGAGAGGAUCAGUCUCUGAGGCUCAAUGCAUAAACUGUGGAGCUCACAGCUCCCGCCGCUUCCUGUAAAUAAUGACUCUUUGAUCAACUGUUGUGUUGAUGUAAAAGAAGUACAGUAAUUUAAAACAAAACAA